GUGUCCUAAAGUCAAAAGCAAUGAAGAUUCAGCUUAUCUUCACGUGGUUCCCGCUCGUCAGCCACGAAAUGUUGAGUGUGGCGGUACGACUGGGAAAGUGGACGUCGGGAUGUUGCAAACUGUUAUGCUAAGUUGCGAACCGGGACGUGGUAGACACGAACUUUAUCCCGGAUUUAUUCAUCGUCCACGAUUCAGGAUGAAUCGAGGAGAGCAAGAGACAUUAUUUAGACAGAGUAGACAGUUAACGAGAAUUGUACCAUCACGCGAAGAUCUAGUACUCAGUGUACUUAAAUCACCAAUAAAUCAACAACAGCAGCAGCAACAACAACAAUUUCUACACCCACAUUAUUCACACAACCCACAGGAGCAUCACGUCAAUUGCCAAGCUCAUCAAACUCAUAAAAGAUGUUCUCAUCAAGAUCACGCUUACAACGAAAGUCUUCCAAACACAAAAGAACAGAGUGCAAGGUUAUCAGAAAAACGAUACAGUGCAGCAGCAGCUUAUGCAGCUCUCCAUGGAAGUGAAGAUGAGCUUGUUGCUGGUGAAUCUGAAGAUUUAGCAUUAAAGACCCCAGGCAGUGAAACUGAGGAUACUGAUAACGGGAAUACUGCUGAUGAACCACCAAGGAAGUUUACUUUCUUACGACGAUUUCGAUCACCGAGAUUUGGCGAGGCACACCAUAAAAGGGUGCCUACGCCAAUGAAAAGGAAGCAUCGACGUAAAAAAAGUAAAGAUGAUAUCAUCAACAGAGACGUGAAUGAUGUAGGGGGUGAAGAAGAGGAAGAAGAGACACCAAUUCCUGUUCAGGCUGGUGUUCCUGAUCCUUAUUAUCCAAUCUAUUUACCAAUUGAUCAGGCUUUCAAAGCGAAAUACGUAUUUCAUCACAAAAAGGGCAAGACUUUUCAAGAAAGACUUUACGUUUUCCUAGAACAUCCUGGUGGAUGGAUUUGCUUCGUCUAUCAUUUUACCGUGUUCAUGGUGGUAUUGGUGUGCCUCAUAUUUAGUGUUUUGUCUACGAUAGAGCAAUACAGUACAUUUGCUAAUGAAACUUUAUUUUGGAUGGAAAUAUGUUUGGUGGUGUUCUUUGGUGUUGAAUAUUUGGUGAGAUUGUGGAGUGCUGGAUGUAGAUCAAAGUACAUGGGAUGUUGCGGACGGUUUCGAUUCAUACGAAAACCAAUAUGUAUAAUAGAUUUAAUCGUUGUCGUGGCGUCGAUGGUUGUGCUGUCAGUUGGAAGCAAUGGACAAGUUUUCGCGACCUCUGCAAUCCGCGGUAUCCGCUUCCUGCAAAUUUUACGAAUGCUUCAUGUCGAUCGUCAAGGGGGAACCUGGCGGUUACUUGGUUCUGUUGUGUUUAUUCAUCGUCAGGAAUUAAUUACAACCCUGUACAUAGGAUUCCUAGGUCUUAUUUUUAGCAGUUAUUUCGUUUAUCUUGCUGAAAAAGAUGCCGUUGGACCUGACGGAAAAACAGAUUUUUCAAGCUAUGCAGAUGCUCUGUGGUGGGGUGUGAUUACUGUGACCACAAUAGGAUAUGGUGACACAGUGCCACAAACAUGGAUGGGGAAAAUUGUGGCAUCAUGUUUCAGCGUAUUCGCCAUAUCAUUUUUCGCACUUCCGGCAGGAAUACUCGGUUCUGGUUUUGCGCUGAAAGUGCAACAAAAACAACGUCAAAAGCAUUUUAACCGACAGAUACCAGCGGCUGCUAUGUUGAUCCAAUGUCUAUGGCGUUGUUAUGCCGCAGACAAAGCCAUCAACAGUGUAGCAACGUGGAAUAUUUACAUAAAAGAUCCAGCCCCUGCCGGUCAACCCUCAACACCACUUGGAAAGUUGAUUUGUGUAAAGAAGAUGGUGGCAAAAAAGGCGAGUGUGCUGAAACGUCGAAAGUCACGUAAUCGAAUGGAGGUCCAAGGUCAACAGCAGCAGAUACCAGCUUUGCCUCCUGUCACAGCAUCUAGUGGUACUGCUGGACAAACAGAUAGCCAACGAAUUGACAACGAGGGAGAUGUAGUUUUUUAUAUGGAAGAACCCAAAGCCGGAACGCCUAACAGAGCUAGAAGAGACAAUCGCGUAUUUCCUAUUUCUAGGGGUAGCUUAUUCACAUCACAAACGAGUUCAGUGACAGAGGCUGCCAGCGAUGAGAUCGAUAUUGACAUCGAAGAACCCCAAAGAGUUACAACACUCACUGAAGCACAUCGAAAUGCGAUAAGAGCUAUCAGAAAGAUCAAGUAUUUUGUAGCACGACGAAAAUUCCAACAAGCAAGAAAACCAUAUGAUGUUCGAGAUGUAAUUGAACAAUACAGCCAAGGACAUUUAAAUAUGAUGGUGCGGAUAAAGGAGUUGCAGAGGAGAUUGGAUCAGACGUUGGGUAAGCCAGGUAGCUAUCUAGCAGGAAUCGACCGGGCUGGCAAUGUAAAACCCAUGACGAUCGGCGCUCGCUUAUACCGUGUCGAGCAGCAGCUGGCUGUAAUGGAUAAGAAACUCGACCAACUGGUGUAUGUAUUAAAUGCGAUGGCUCAAAAGCAACAAAUACCACUCAGAAGUAUUGAAGAUGAAGUGUAACAAAAUGCCCUUAAUAUAUUAACGUCAGUCUGACGUACUCGGAUUUCACUGCGAUUAACCAUAGCUAUCAUAGUCUAGGAGUUCUCAGUGAAGCUUAGAAAAAGCUUGUGACUAUUUCUAGAAAAUUGGUUGGUUCAAGUUAAGGGGAUUCGUGCAUGUCAACGUUAACAUAGAAAGCCUAGCUUCAUGCUACUUUAACAUGACGUCGUAUUAAACAUCAGCGAAAUCGAUUUUGUUAAGUAAGGGAAAAAUUUCCAAGUGUAACAUAGACAUUUUCUAGUAAUGUUGCAAAGAAAAAGUGUAUACAUGUCAAGAUAGAAGAAUGCUAUAUACAUAUAUAUGUAUAGUUAUAAUGAUAACUCUUAAAAAUAAAUGAUAAGAUAAAACGAGCAAAGCUUUCUGAAGAAUAAUUUAUACGCACAGAAAAACUCGAAAUAAAUAAAAAUACAACAGAUCUCACAUAAAACGUACAUCAAGUACCAAACGUUAUCGAUUACAUGAAAGAGAUUCAUUUAAAAAGGUUGACUUCAUUAAAAUCCCAAUGGUAAGAUGAAAGGAUGAUAUAAAAAAUUAAAAAAAGAUAUCGAAUCGUUCGAAUAAUAAGUGUAUCAUAAAUUAUAAAUCCAGCAAUCGUCCUGUACUCUCGUAAAACGUUAGAGUAAUUAAUUACGAUUCACUGAUAAAUUGUUUAUAUUAAUUAAAGUUGUAAGUAGGUAAUUAGUGAUUUUCAAUUACCAAUAAUUGGAAUAGAAUAAAUAAAUAAAAUAAUCGAUGAGAAUGGAGCAUCUUAUAGAAGUUAGUAGGCAACAGUUAUUUUUUUGUUGGCGAAAAAAUGACUGCGGAUUUUUUUUACUUAUUAUACUUUAAACGUAAUUAAUAAAAUAUCACAAAAAAUACUACUGCAUAAGAAUAGACACAAAUUGUAAAUAUAAUAGGUAUAUAUUAGACACGUUGAAUAUGUAGGUGAUAAGUUCUAUAGGAAAAAGCUUCGAAAAAUAUUUUUAAUAAUAUAAUUUAUCCGAUUGAAUAAAUAUAUACAUAUAAUGUAGGGUCCAAAGAAAAAAAAUUCAAUUUUAUUGACAAAUAUUAUUUAUAUUUCGGAGAGAAGGCACUUUUUAUGGACCUUAGUGCAAAAUAAUGUCUCUAUCGGCACAAUUUGCGAUAAUGAAAUGGGUUUGAUGGCAAGAAUUUAGCUGAUGAUAAAAAUAUUUAUGACCAUCAUCAAUGUACUGUAAUUCGGCUGAUGCUUUUAUGAGAUUAUUACAUCUUAUAAUGCGUGACUGCCUUUUCAUACUGGUGCACUUUUGAUACUGUUGACAAUCGCGUUAAUUAACGCUAGAACAGGUGCACAACAAGUAAUAAUUCUACUUAGUGAAAUAACACUGCUUUGAGCAUAUUAUUGUGCAUACAUUGCACACUCUAUCGUGCCUCUUACUAAUUUUACUUCACUAUUAGACCAUCAAUUAUAAUAGGUUGAUAUGUGAUUCGAAUGAUUAUAAUCACAAAGUUAGUAAUUACAGUAAUAAUUAACUAAAUAACUAGAAUUAGUGGAAAAUUAUCAUUUAUCAUUUAUUAAUAUUUUUU